AUGGCACCUAGAGCUACGAAUAAGAAGGAGAAGCCUUCAUCUGCUACACCAACCACAACAACAUCAACAAGUGCAGUUACUACAAAGAAGGACAACGGGGCAUCCAAACCAGCUCCAAGUCGAAGAAGAGCUGUUGCUUGCAAAUCCUGCCAUACGCUCAAAGUCAAGUGUAUCCCUUCUGAUCCAGAUGACCUCUCGUCUCCUUGUGUUAGAUGUAUCAAGACCAGAAGAGUGUGUGAGAUAGAUACAAACUACAGCAGAAAGAAGAGAAAACAACCACAGCAACAACAACAACAAAUGCAUCCACAAUCAAUUACGAAUUCAAGUCAAGAUCGCGUAAAUGAACUGGAACAAAAGAUUGAACAAUUAAAUAAUGAACUACUACAACAUCGUUCACAAAUGAGCAGUAACUCACCUCAAGGGUCUAUCCAUAGUAAUAAUCAAUCACCAGUGCAUCCUGGUGGACAGUCUUUUCCAAAUCAUUUCAGCCCCUUGUCUUCAUAUCAACAAAACACGAUUGGGCAAAGGUCCUCAUUAAGUGGAACUCCAAUAAGCGCUGAAAGAGGGAAUAACAGCAGAGGCACAAAGAGACCAGUAAAUGGUGGUAGCUCUUUUGAAUUCAUCAAUGAAAAUGAUCAUUUCCCUAAAAAUGGGGCUACCGAUGCUAAAAGGGCCAAAGUAUCCAAAUUGACAAAAGCUCAACAGAUUGAACAAUUGAUUGGUUCAACUGCGUUAUCUGAUGUUAGUAAUAUGGUUACACAAGUUGCAGAGGAAAGACUACGGAGAGUUUACUCAUCUCAUGUAGAUUUGAUUGAUAGUGGAAUUCUAACUAUAGAGGAGGCUCAACAAAGACUGAAGAUGUAUUUUGAAGUGAUCUUUGCAAAGUAUCCUUUUGUUGAUGUUCCUACUGAUGUGGAAACAUUCAAGUCUGUUUAUCCUGUUUUGUUCAAUGUUGUUAUGGCUGUCACUUGUGUUGCAAGUACUAAUGAUGCUGAUUUUGAUAAAAACUUGAAUAUUGAAAAUAUUGCUACCCAAGAAGUUAUUCAUGAAGUUGUGGUUAUUGGGAACAAAUCAAUUGAACUGUUGAAAUCGUUGUUGCUUUUAACUAUUUGGUACAAUAUGCCUGAAUUGUUUCAUAAUCGUCGUUAUCAUAUAUUCAGUGCUUUAUGUAUAACAAUGACUCAGGAUCUUGGUUUGACAGGUCGCCCAUAUUAUGUUGUUAACAAAAGUGAAGGUUCCGUUCUCCGCUCUGAAGUGUUGGAGGAUCCUCAAAAGGAUGAAUAUAGAUGUCUUGUUUUGGCUGUUUAUUCUGCAUCUAUUGGUUAUUCAUUAUUUCUAAGAAGAAAAUUAUUUGUCACAUGGACUCCAUAUCUUGAGGAUUCUUAUCAACAUUUAAGAACUUCUAGUGAAUUAAAGUUCAGAUCAGUUGCGAUAUUUGCUAAAUUGACCAGUUUACUUGAAAAGAUUCAUAGUUUUGUUGAAUUGAAAGAUCAAGAGAAUUUAUCAUUUAUUCAACAUUUCCAAAGAGCUAUUGAUUUCUUGAAAGAUCAACAGACAACAAUGGACUCUAAUGUCCUGCUUGGGUUUGCUUAUUCAGUUGAAGCAUUUUUGUACUCAAAGUUUACAUCUGAAGAAUUGAGUUUCAAAUGUUUACAUUCAACUUUACAAUGUCUACAUCAUUUCAGCUCAUUGACCCCAGCUCAGUUUUGUUCAGUGCCAUUAUUGAUCUAUGGAAGAUUAAUGUAUUGCUUUGCACUGCUACUGAAGACUAGUAACUGCUUGAGCUUUGAAUUUGAUUUUAGCUCCAUAAAGAGAAUAAUGAAUACAUUAGAUGAAUGCAACAAGAUUUACAAAACAAACCAUUUGCUUGUGAAGACCAAAUUGUUGUUUUAUUUCUACUUAACAACAUAUUCCAAGAAUGAAAAUGCAUUCAACGAAUUGGCCAAUAUAUCAUCAAGUGAAACCGUUGUCAACGCUAAUUCUCAAAAUUCAAGUAUUAGUGGCACACCAACCAACACAUCUUCAGCAAAUCAACCUCCAAAAACUUCAUUACAUCAACCAGUUGUACAACAGUCAUUUGAACAACAACAUCAACAACAUGCCCCUGCUGGUGAUGCCCCAGGCAUGGCAACCUCACAUAUUCCUCAAGGUUAUCCUCAACAGCCACACCAUCCAAUCAACACAGGGAAUAUCCCACCACAUAGCCAUCAAUAUCCAGAUCAAUAUCAACACCCAUUAAUGCACCCACAACAACAUUCACACCAACAAGUUAAUGGACCACCAAUGAAUGUUUACCCUGGAAUCAGCAUGCCAAAUACUAAUAGCAUGCUACCGCAACAUGACCAGCUGGAGUCUCAUAUGGAGCCAGUAUACCCUCAAUUGGAUGUGUUAUCUGAUGCUACAAUGAAGGGAUUUGGUGACAUUCCAACUGAAUUGAUGGGACAAGAUGAAUUUUGGAAGUUGUUUGAUUAUAAAGAUGAACAAUUUUUGUUAUAA